AUGCCAGAAACUAGGGACAGCCUUCCCACCAUUCCUACAUCAGGAAAUAUGUCAUCAGACCACGACAAAGAGGCUGCUGAAGUCUCGCUAAAACCUAUGUCCUUAUCGAACAAGCGCAACGCAUUUUCCGAACUCAUGUCUCCCAAAUCCAAACAAACAAAACCGCCGUCUUCCAGGCCAGGCAUAGGGAAAUUGAGCAAUCCUACCGACUUCAGAAGCGGGCUCCUCCCGUACAUUCUCGAGCCCACUUCCUUUCCUUCCAACAUCGUCAUUCAGCACACUGAGCGGACGGUCCUGGUUCAAGAUGCCUUCCCCAAAGCCACAGUGCAUCUGCUCCUGCUCCCGCGAGAUUCCUCCAAAUGGAACCUGAACCCGCGAGAUGCAUUCGACGACCAUAAGUUCGUGGACAUGGUACGAAGCGAGGCCGCGGCGGCUGUCAGGUUAGCUGCGUCCGAAUUAUCGCGAGUAAUAAGUCCAUACUCGGAGUCUUGCAGAGCCCGCAUUGCGGCCAUGGAGGGUGACGACCCUCCUGACGUCCUGCCAGCUGGACGAGAUUUCACAAAGGAGUUCAAAGUGGGAAUCCACGCCCAUCCUUCGAUGAGCCAUCUUCAUGUUCAUAUCAUCAGUCGAGAUAUGCAUUCAGCCCGACUGAAGCACCAAAAGCACUAUAACAGCUUCAACACCGACUUCUUCAUCCCUUUGGAGGACUUUCCAUUGGCGAAGGAUGACAUCCGACGAAAUACCAGCUAUCAGAAUGCCAAUCUUAAGAAGGAUUAUAAGUGCUGGCGCUGUGGGAAAGUGUUUGGGAACAAGUUUAAACAGCUCAAGGAACACCUUGAUGCCGAGUUCGAGGCAUGGAAGAGAGAAUGA